AUGGCAUCCCGUGCGGCGCCCACGUCGAGGCGCUCUGUCAAAAGCGAAUACAUAGAGACCGACACCGGCAACAAGAUUUCCCGCCGAGCUCAUAUCGAAGGGAAGCAAAACAUAAUGCUCGGCGGCAAGUCAGUCAUCAUGGCAGGUGUACACCUGCGUGGCGACCUACACAGAUUUCCACCACCUCCAACAGAGGGCGAGAAGACGCCUGCCUCAAUGACCGCCAUCAGUAUCGGAAAGGCAUCGGUAAUUGCAACAAACUGCGUACUACACCCACCAAUGCGACUCCAUCAUGGUGAAAUGACAUUCUAUCCCAUGCGAAUCGGCGACAACGUCUUUAUUGGAACGGGAACGCAUAUUUCUGCAAUUCAAAUCGGCAGUCAUGCACAUGUUGGCGAGAAUUGUGUAUUGGGGCAAUUCAGUAUCCUCAAGGAGAAUUGUAAAGUUCUACCGGGCACGGUGGUUCCUGCUCACAUGGUCGUCGCACCUGGGUGUAUUGUUGCUGGUAGGCCGGCAAGGAUUGUGGGUGAAGUGGGAGAUGGCUGGGGCCACACGAUCGGCGGAGAAGGCGAGGAUUGGGUUGAGGGUGGGGAUCUGAGGGCGCUGGUCAGGACGUUCAAGUGA